UAAAAAGCUCUGUGUCUACCUUACAUCUUGCCGUUUUUUUCUUUCAUCUACAUGUCAAAUAUAGAGAAAACAGAUUCAGCAAAGAAAGCUGAUUUUAUAGAAUAUAAAGGACCAGAAGAAGAAUAUUCAGUCGGAAGUGAUUCAAAAGAAUUCAUUCCACCUUCACCUGAAGAAGUGAAGGCUGUCUUGUGGAAACUAGAUUUACGAAUUAUACCCUUUCUCGGUCUUCUCUAUCUCUGCUCAUUCCUAGACAGAGUCAAUAUUGGUAAUGCUAAACUUGCUGGUAUUACUAAGGAUCUGAAUAUCACCCCAAGUGAUUUCAACAUUGCUUUAUCCAUUUUUUUUAUUGGCUAUAUCCUAUUUGAAGUACCAUCAAAUUUGAUUCUCAAGUUUAUUGGCCCGAGUAAAUGGAUUCCAAUUGUGAUGAUCAGUUGGGGCACAGUCAUGGCUGCUAUGGCUGCUUGUACGAAUACAGCAGGCCUAUUGGCUGCUCGUUUCUUUUUGGGCAUAACCGAGGCAGGUUUAUUCCCAGGCGUCAUCUUUUACUUAUCUUUGUGGUAUACUCGCGCGGAACAAGCAACAAGAGUGGCCAUCUUUUUCGCCUGUUCUACUGUGGCCGGCGCAUUUGGAGGCGUUUUAGCUUAUGGCAUUAUGCAAAUGGACGGCAUCAGAGGCCUUCACGGUUGGCAAUGGAUUUUUAUCAUCGAAGCACUUCCCACGUUAAUUCUCGCAUUCAUCUCCUACUUUUUCCUUCCCGACUUCCCAGAGAAUUCAAAAUUCAUCAAUGAACGAGAACGUGAGAUUAUUAUUCAUCGCUUGAAAGAAGAUGCAGGUCCAUCCACUGAAACUCACUUCUCCUGGAAGCAAUUCUGGGCAGUAUUCACGGACUAUAAGGUGUACAUGCAUUGUAUCAUCUAUAUCUGUUGUGCUACACCCCUUUACAGCCUUAGUUUGUUCCUGCCCAGCAUCAUCCAAGGUAUGGGUUUCACUGACCUGCGCGCGCAGGCGAUGUCUGCACCUCCAUAUGCUAUAGCCUGUGCCGUUACUGUCGUGGUAGCAAUGGAUGCUGACAAGAGACGUGAGCGUGGUCUUCAUCUUGCUGUACCUGCUGCUGUGGGUGCACUUGGCUAUGCUCUUUUGGUUGGUCUCCGUAACCACGGCCCGGUUGCCAUGUAUAUUGCGGCUUGUAUUGCCACAACUGGUGUCUUUGCGAAUGUCCCCGCUAUGCUUUCUUGGUUUACAAACAACAUCGGUGGUCACACAAAGCGUGGUGUAGCUUGUGCUUUUAUCAUUUCCGUUGGCAACAUUGGCGGAGCAAUCGGUGGACAGAUUUAUCGUGCUAACGACGCACCUCUUUAUGCUCGUGCUAAUUCUGCUGCCUUGGGACUGAUGUGUGGUGCAGUCUUCUUUAGUCUCUUGUUUAAAUGGCUCUUGAUGAGAGAAAAUGCUAGAAGAGAUAGAUUAACGCCCGAAGAAUUUGAAAAGGAAGCAGCUGGUGAAGAGCUCUGUGAUCUUCAUCCUGGAUUCAGAUAUCUGUCAUAAACAUUGUAUUAUAUUUAGAAAACACUACUACUUUCUUACUAAUUAAUAUUAAUUUCUAUUUAAAAUAAAGAAUGACUAAAAGAAUGAAAUGAGAAUAGAUGGUGAAUUUUUAGCAGUUAUAUGAAAUAUACUCGAUAUUGCCUGUUUUUCUUUUCAAAAAAAAGAUACGAGCAAGAUGUAUGUUGAUACAAGCAGAACAGUAGCAGUACAGGAUAUAAAGGUCAUAGCUUUCCUGUUAUUCUUUUAAAGUAAAGUGUAUGCAAUAGCUCUUUUAUGCUGUAUUAUGCAAC